AUGAUCACGCGCAACUCGGGCGGAGGGGACUACUACGGCAAGAAGUCGGUGACGGCGUCGUCCACUCCUCCUCCGUCUGUCGCCGGCUCGGCCAAGCGCCUACGCCGCGUCGAGUCUCCCGACCAGCAGCGCUACCCCCACGCGGCCGCCGCCGCCGCCGGCGCCGGCGGCCCUCCUGGCGCCGCGGCCGCCUCCUCCUCCGCGCCCCCCACCUCCGGCACCCCCGGCGGCGGCGGCGGCAACAUCCCCAUCACCAUCACGACGUCCAGCAAGGGCUCGGCCUACGACUUCAAGAAGAUGCACGCCGGCGACGACGACGACUUCGCCGACUUCGCCGAGAUCCUCUCCAAGUCGGCGCGCGCCAAGAAGGCCGCCGCCGCCGCCGCCGCCAACGCCGCGGCGGCGGCGGCCGCGGCGGCCGCGGCGGCGGCGGCGAACACCGCGCAGCAGCAGCAGCAGCAGCAGGUGGUGUCCAUGAGAGGCGUGGACAGCGGGAGCGACAGCGGCUCCGUGUCGCCCCCCCCCGUCGUCGUUCGCAAGCGGCAGAGGGGGCAGCCGCCCCCCGCCAGCACGGCGCUGCUGGGCGGCGGCGGCGGCGUGAGAGGCGGUGACAUGGACCUGGAGGAGCCGGUGGUGGUGCGCGUGGACCCUCUGCGCUUGACCGUGCGGCCUGGCUCGUCGCUGUCUCUAAACGAAGAGCGACAGCUCUCCAUGGACCUGGUUUCGGUCCGUCGAUCUCGCGCCCCCCGCGACCGCGAUCCCACCGCCGGCACCAGUGGCGGCGGUGGCGGCGGUAGCAGCAGUGGCGGCGGUGGCGGUGACGCGUUCCGUUCCAUCUUCCACCACAUCCCCUCCGCCUCGGCCCGCCCGCCGAGCCCCUCCAUCGCUUUCCUGCAGCACAUCGUCUCGCUGGUGCACCAUGUCCGCGAGCACCGUUUCAAGCCCGCCACCAUGACCCUGAACGAACGCUUUGGGAGCCUUCAGGAGGCCAGCGAGGCCGGGAACAAGAGUCCCGAGAUCCGCAGGAGGAUCGACAUCUCGCCCGACUUCCUGAAGCGACACAAGAAGAAGGAGAGCGUCGAUGGCGGCGCCUCCUCCUCGGGGAAGUUCUCGCUGCGACGCGACAGCAGCGCCAGCAGCAAGGAGGAGGAGCAGCAGCAGCCGAGGGAGAAGUCGAGCGAGCGAGCGCCCAAGGCGGAGCGGAGGCACAAGGAGCGGGGGGAGAGGGAGAGGGAGCGUGGUGACGAGCGGGAGCAGCGGGAGCGCGACGAGCGGAGAUCUCGCUCGGCCAGCCACGAGGAGGCCUACGGCUUUGAGAAGGGCAGGUCCAGCUCCAAAGACUACUACCAGCAGCAGCAGCACCACCAGCAGCUCCAGCAGCAGCACGGGUACCAGCAGCAGCUCCAGCAGCAGCAGCAGGGCUACCAACACCGCGGCUCCUCCUGGCAGCCACGCAGUCGCCCCGCGCCCUACGUGAGUGUGGCCAGGGGGCACAGAGAGCCUGGCGGGGAUGCGCAGCAGCACGCGAUGCAGUUCCGUGGGCGCGUGCGCUACCGCAGCCGCGGCUACGGCGGGGGGUACCCGCCCCCGCUGGGCGGGGGCUAUGGGCGCCCCCACGACGACGGCGGGGGGGGGCUCUCCGCCUCCCCAGAGUUCCCGCCGGGGUGGGGGGGGGCCGCGAGGAGGAGUGGGAGUCGGAGUACCAGCCGCGCAGCAAGAAGUACUACCUGCACGACGACCGUGAAGACGACGUCGGCGGCAAGGAUACGUGGGGCAGCGGAGGCCGUGGCGAAGCGGCCACCCUCCCUCCCGCCCCCUCCUCCUCGUCCUCCUCGUCCAAGCGAGCGGCCCCCGUGAGUCGCUCCUCCUCCACCUCCGCGGCGGCGGCGGCGGCGGCCGCGGGCGGCGGCGGCGGCAACGGCGGCGGCAGCGGCGGGA